AUGCGUUCCGUUGCUCGACUGGUCCACCGCGCUUUCCGAAGAGUGGAGUCGUGCGCAGAGUGGUUGACAGGAGCAGCUGGUCCGCUAUUUGUAGCAAUAUGCACCGUGCUGGUCAGCAUAGGAGCCUGGACCUUCUUCACCACCUCUUUCAGCAGCGUCAUUGCGCCCCUGCCUCGACCCAUACACGAGCUGCUGCACACGCGCAACCCCAUCCACUUUAGCCUUGGACUUGGACCUGCAAUCCUUCAAGCUCCUUUGGAUACGCUGAGGUACCUCUCUGCGCUGACCGCGUGCGCAUACAUCAUGUCCAGCAUCGUCAUCCACUACAUUUUGGCUGUGCGAGUCCCGCCCGGAAGCGUGACACGUGGACUCGGACCUGGCAUUCCUGAACGUCGAGUCGGCCCUGGCUCCACAUUCUGGUGGCUAGAGCGAAGACGCAGAGCUGCUCGAGCAUCGCGAGGUGGAGCGUCAGCUGCGGGGGCGGAUCCAGUGUCUGGUCACGAAGUCAGAGACGAUGGCUUGCUGUAUGCAGACGACGAGCAAGUGGACGCUGCUGCAGAGGGAGAGGACCUGUGGGCCCAUGUUCGCAUGUGCCACAAGUGCCCCAAAGUGCCGCUCUAUCUUGCCUUGUGCGCACUGCCUCCUGAACUGAGAGCAGUGGAACGAGAAAGGAGGGCUGGUGCGGCUGGCUCGCAGGGAGGAAGAAGAGCUCGGAGGAUGGACAGGGAUGCUGCUGCGCAGUCCCAGCUACCUCUGGCAGCGCGAGGCGAGAGCGAAGAUGAUGUUCGGGCUUGGUUGGGCGGCGAAGCGGAUAAGCUCGUGCCGCCUCCGAAGCCGGAGAGAGCCCAUCACUGCAGAAUAUGCAAUACUUGCUCUCUGAAAUUUGACCAUCAUUGCCCUUGGCUCAAUCAGUGCGUAGGUCUGGGCAAUGAAAGACACUUUGUUCUGUUCAUGGCAUGGUUGGCAUUGGGCAUGUUCGUCGUUGUAGGGUCCUCUUGGCCAGUCUUGAAGCUCAGUCUAUCUUAUCAGAAGAAGUGGCCGUACCAAUACACACCCAGGCUCUUUCCACUCCUCACAUUUGCGCUCUGCGCCAUCAUGGGUUUCGCCCUGGCUGUCAUGGCUGGCUGGCAAAUUGCAAUCAUCGCAUGGGGCGAGACGAGCGUGGAGAACAGCGACAAUUCUCACUACAGAGAGGUGGCGAAGCAGAGAGAAGAACGAUUUGUCAACGUAUACGACGUCGGUGCUUGGCGGAAUCUACAGCUAUUCUGGAAUGUGGGGCCUGGUAGCAGGCACGGCUGGCUCAGUGUGCUGGCGCCUUGGAGGAUACAGCCUUAUAGCGACGGCUGGCAUUGGGCCAAGCGGCGAGGCUUGCUUGGCAGGCAUGCCGGUAUAGAAAAGGAAGAAGAGCUCACAGACGAUGAGGUUGCGCGCGAUGAUGCUCACCCUCUCGCCACUGCGACUCGCUAG